GUUCAAUAUAGAAAGUAGUACAGUAUUACAUGUUAACUGGUUCGUCGUGGUCAGGUGGGUCAGAUCGGGUCAGAUCGGGUCAAAUGCAGGUCAGAUGUGGUUAUCGUCGAGAGAUAAGGCAGAUAUGUGUUGAUUGUUAAUGAAUAUGGGAUGUGUGUUACAUACUUGUGUAUACGUGAAUUGAAAUUGGGGAAUACUUGUAUGCGUGAGGUGAACAGUCAAACGUGACGAUCUUCGUGAUGUUUAUUGUUGGAUUGACGGGUGGCAUUGCCACCGGCAAGUCCACAGUAUCAGAAGUAUUCCGAGAACAUGGUGUCCCAGUGAUUGAUGCAGAUGUUUUGGCUAGAAAAGUUGUUGAACCUGGUAGAAAAGCCUGGAGGAAAAUUAAGGUUGAAUUUGGUGAAGAAGUUUUCCACAAGGAUGGAACAUUAAAUCGCCAGGCACUUGGUGAUAUAAUAUUCAGUGAUGUUGAAAAGAGAAGGAAACUAAAUGAAAUUACUCACCCUGAAAUUCAUAAAGAAAUGUUCUGGGCAGCUCUUCGGUGCCUUUUUCAAGGUCAUCAAUUUAUUGUUAUGGAUUUGCCUUUGCUAUUUGAAAGUGGAAGUAUGUUAGAGUACUUGUAUAAAAUAAUAGUUGUUACAUGUGAAGAAGAUCUUCAAUUACAACGGCUGAUGGAUCGUAACUCAGUGUCAGAAUCGAGAGCAAAGCAACGUAUAAAUGCCCAAAUGCCCCUGGAGAGCAAAUGUGAGAAAGCACAUUUUGUUGUUGAAAACUCUGGGACAGUUGAAGAUACCAGACAACAAGUUAUUAAAAUCAUAUCUAUUUUACGAGGAUAUCGUGCUCAUUGGAAAUUGCGAGUAUUUGCAGCUUUGUGUUGUACUGGCAUUGUUUCACUUUUAAUUUGGAUUGGAUUUAGAAUGUUCUCCAAUAAUCCUGCUGUGACGCAUUUAAAGUAAACACAUUCCAGAAUCCUAACAUUUUCCACGAGGAUUAAUAUGCAUAGUUUUAUAUAUGAUUUGUAGUAUUUUUGUGGAAUAUUUUUAGAUAUCAACUUUUCACUUUAGUAUAAGAAGUGAUGAAUAAUUUCUCUUUAUAUAGUCUCUAUAUUAAUAGUGCAAUCGUUAAAAAAAAAAAGGCAGUAUCUGUACUUUAUAUUGCUUGCAGUCAUGACUUACAUUGGAAAGUUGAGGUGGGUUGAGGCGUUGUUUAUGUAUAAAUUGGUGCUGACAAAAGUUAUGUUGCUUUUGUUAUAAUUAUUACUGUUGCUCUUACAUUGCUAAAUUGAUCGCUGUUGUGUAUUAUGCUGUUGUAUCUUGUAUGACAAGUAUCCUUUACUAUAAUUUUAUUCUUUUGACCAAAUUUUCUUUCUUUUAGUUUAAUUGUGUCAUGAAGCUGAUUCAUGUUUUGCUUUGAAAAACUUUAGUGUCCGAAUGUUUGAGAAAUAUUACGCUACAGUAAUUAUUCAAACAUUUACCAAGUUGUGACAUCAUUUCAUAUUAGUCAAGAAAUCUUUCUUGUAAGUAUAAUAUUAGUAUAUUAGAAAGAAUCAUUUCACAUUUAAUGUUUCCCAAUUGGAAAUAAUUUUUUACAUCGUACAAAAACAUACUGAAAGUAUUCAUAUAUAAGCUUAAAAAUAUGUAUUUAAUGUAACCAACUUAACCUUUUAAAAGUCAAAAGGUCUGUAGCAUGCAACUAAUUUCUUGUUGGGCUCUUACAGAAGAAACUGUCUAUUUCUGGAAUGGACAUGUUUUUGUGUCUUGUUUGUUGAUUACUGUAAAUUAAAUUAAUUUGAAAUGGUUCCCAUUUUCUGUUUUUGAAUAUGUACUUUUUUUUAAGGGAAAUCUUUAUAACUUAAAUCAGAAAGUGAAAAGAAAAAGCUAAGAAUUGUUGAAUAUUUUGGCUUUUGUCCCUUAUGAUAACGAACCUUUAUUUACUACACUUUUGUAGCAAAUUAGAGGGAAUCUGCUCACUUCUGUGAGAACAUGUGAAUGGCAACUCAGCGAAAUAACAUCAUAUUUACAUCUCAAGCCCAGUGGCAGAUGGUGCUCCAACAAACUGGAGGCUACAUCUCCAGCGAUUCAUGGAAAAGUAAUUUCCAAAAUUCAAGACACUUAAUAUAUAAUAAAAUGUUAACAAUUCAUUACUAAGUUUAAUAAAAGUCGAUAUUGAAAGAUUACCCUCCUAAUGUUAUGCGUAGUGUCCAUAUCAGGUAUAUUCACCUGCACAUGUGGUUAUGACUUUGAUUUCCACGUUGAUCGCAUUCCAGCACUUUGCAAUAAGCACUAUUGUUUAAACACGUUUUACAAAAAUGAAAUUAUUUUAUUUCGAAAAUUUCACUACCAUGGUAAAUAUUGUAAUAAUGAAAGAACCUUCCACAUUUUAUUCACAACAGUGCUCUGAGACUAACUUUUCUGUAACUAUAGCCGGGAAUAUGCCCCCACCAUGAGAUCCAGAAAGGGGCUUCCAGAACGGACAACUUUACAUAAAUAAGUCGUCGAGUGUACAUUUUGAAUCGGCAAACCUAAUAUCAAAUGGAAACAAAUUCCCCAAACAUAAAUAAUGCAUUCAAUAACGUCAAUAAUUGACUGAACUUGUGUAGUUUCAAUAACACCCAAAAUUCUUACAAUUAAGUUGCAGCUAAUGGCAGACGAAGACAGAAAAUUGGUAUUUCCCUCUAAUGCAGCGCAGCGCUCGGCGACAGACCCUCUACUCGUGGGUUGCGCAAGCGAUGGCCCUAUUGAGCCUUGUGAUGAAGAUCGAUUCUGAGGAAAUCGGAUAAACGGUUCAGCCACUAGCGUUGUUCAUACACAUUAAAUGAUUCUGAUUUCCCCGUAUUUACGCAGUAAUAUACGUAGAAUAGGGAAAGUUAUGUAUUGCUGCGCGAAAAAACUGCGGACUUUCGACAGAAAAAAUUCAUUGCCGGGCGCUGAUAGCGAAAAAGUGGAUAAAUCCAGUUGCUAAUUAAGGGGUAAAUUCUCUUGACAUGUAUAGCCAGAAUCCCCGUUUUGUGGGUCCUUGAUGUGGAAAACAAUUGCAAAACGUCGGUCUGUCUGUCCGCCCUUCCGUCUGUUGAACACCGAUGCCGCCCACCCCUCAUUUACACAAGUAUUUUUGUGUUUACGAAAAACUUCGUUUGAAGCAUAUUCAGUCGCAAAUGCAAUAAUGUAUACAAAUCGCUGGAAAUGGUUAUAAUAUCGGCGUGUGAGUUUAAAAAAUUACUUUGUAUAAUUUUUCAAAAAUAAAAGAAUACUGCAAGAUUUACUUUGUCAACUUUAAACUGUAAUUAGCGGUGUCUGUACGAAAAGUUUAAAGAAAAAAUUGGAGCCCUUUUUAAGUAAAUGGUUUUUGAGUGUUUAUGAAAAUGCGGAGUUUUGAGCUCGCUUUCACGG